AUGGUGCAAUACAACCCAAUGCCUUCGCCAGGGCCCUAUGUCCCUCCGGGUCAGGGCACUCCAGCACAGCAGCAAGGCGCCCAGCAGCCACCAAGCUAUCAGCCCAAUGCAACGACUUAUGGAGGACCAAAUCAAUCUCAGAAAGGAGUUGCCGGAUUCGGCCAGAUGAUGAAUCAGCGGCUAGAGCAGGCGGUCACGACAGGCAAGCCAAUGUUGAACAAGCUGGGCAAGACUAUAAGCUCAAAGCUAGGAAACAAGCCUCCAGGAGGCCCACCCCAGCAUCUCCAAAGCUACCAUAACUACCAGAGCCAUUACGGACAGCAGAACCAGACCCAAUCGUACCAGCAACCUCAGGUUCAAGCCUUCAGUCCCCAGUCGCAGUCGCAGCAAUGGGGCCAACAGCAGCAUCAACCCCCAUCUCAAACGCCGACCGCCUACCCCUCCUCGCAGCAGUCUCCACACCAGCAGUUCAACAACCAGACGCCCGUGUCAGGUCACUCGGCACAGAACAAUUACUUCCCACAACAGACGAGUCAAGCGCCCAACUACCAAUCUUACGCGCCGCAAUCGCCGCUCGCUGGCACUACACAAACAGCAUGGCAAUAUGGUCCGGAGCAGACGCAGGCACAAGGACAAAGCGGGCAGGGGCAGGCUCCGUCAGGUCAGCCUCAGGCACAUGGGCACAGCCAAUAUGUUGGACAGCAGAUGGGCGUAGCUGGAGGCUCGUAUGUCACUCAACAUACACCACCUCCUCAUACCUCGAGCAUGUCUCCGGCUUUACCUGCUCAGCAUAUGCAGCCACAGUGGCAACAGCCGGGUAGCACACAGCUGCCCCCGGCAAGUACCGAGCAGCAAUCGGGCAUUCUCCCGCCUCCCUCACAACAGAACGUUCCCGCGAGUCCACCGGUUCAUACAACGUAUCAGCACCAAUGGAAUAGCCCGUCUCCAGUUGGCUCACAAGGACAGGGACAGUCGCAGCCACUGCCUCAUUCUAUCAGUCCUCCACCUACGCAUCAGACGAUUGCAUCACCUCAAGUGCCGCCAAACAAGCCUGUCCAGUCAAGCGAUGCAGCACUGCACUCGACGCCAACAGAGUUUAUCGCAGAGCUUCCUGCGGAGCUCCCGGCAGAUGUUGGAAGCUUGAGUCUUGGAGAGUCGAAGUCGCAAGAGGCUAUUUCUGGUUCGCAAUACCAAGCCUUUCGUCCACCCGUGUCGCAGAGUGGAUCGCCCUCUCCUGGGUUUACAAUUCCUCGUCGAUCUCUUAGUGCCAGUACAGUACCAGUUGCCGACCCAUGGAGGUUUGUGGAUCCGGCAACAGAAGUUCCAACACGCGAAUUCUAUAUCCUGGCAGACUUGCUUUUCGAUGCUUUGGAUCGGAAGUUUGAGCCUAGAAACACGGGCCUCUUGGAAGCACCAAAGAUCAUCGGAAGCUGGGUAAAAUUAACAGAAGACGCGUGUCGUCUUUUUUCAUAUAGGUCCUACAGCGCGUUUGCAAAGUUGUGGAGUCUUGAAGGGAUCCCACACAUGAUGGUGCCCUGCCAACCUGACUUGGCACCAAACUGGAACUUCAACCAGCACUCGCAUGCGCAAGACGUAAAAGUAAAAGGUCAAGUGCCGACAGCCACGACGGCCUACACGACGUACAUGCCAGCUCUAAAUCGGGCGGGAUGGUACAAGUUCUUCUUCCUUGAAGUGACGCAUGCACCAGAAGACAUCGAUGAUCUAAUACCAGCACUAUGCGCAGAUACUUACAAGCCGGGGAUGCUGAACCAACCCGACCUGGACAAGCGGGACAAGACAGACGUCCCUGCGCUACGGGCUAGAGCUGCGGAGAUACAGACGUAUGCGAUUGGGCGUGUUUGUGAGGAGACCAAGGUCGCGAUGGCGGUCGACCCAGAUGUCCCUCUGGCGCACACGCACCCGACUGCGACAGCUUGGGGAGGCGCGCAGACGUCAGCAGAAGACAUGACCGACAUGGCUGUCCGUAUGCACAAGAUCCAGUCGGAGCGGCAGCAGAACGACAUGGCGGCUUGGACGAUGCUGGGGAUGCAGCCGAAGGGCUAUCCGGGCGGUGGUUAUGGUAGUCUAGUGUAG